AUGAUGCCGAGCCCCAUGCAGGGAGUGAUGCCCCGUCCGCUGCAGUCGAUGCAAGGCAUGAUGCCCGGCGCGAGGCCUCCGAUGCAGGCGGGCUACCGCCGACCGCCGAUGCCGAUGCCAGUCGUGGAGCCGAAGCGUCCGAAGAUGACGAACAUGGACCGUGUGCAGCAGGACAACGACCAGAAGAUGAUCGAAUCGCUGCUGAGCCGAUGGUACGAAGUGCGGAAAGCAGGCAUCGAGUUGACAGAGAAACGAAUCAAAGAGAGAGGGACGCUGCUGAAGAAGAUUCGCGAGGAGACGAUCCAGCAGCAGCAAGCGACGCGAAGAACCGAAGAACAACUCAUUCAAGACAGAAACAACCUUAAUUUGGGUGUUUGUAACAAACAGAACGCUAAUAUUUGUUAUUUUACAUAA